AUGGUUGAAUCGUUUGACGAGUAUGAUCAAAUAGCAAGAAUAUACCCAUACAGAUAUCAUUACAAUUAUAAUGGUAUUGGUGGUUCAAGACCACGUCAUCCAGAGUACAGAAACCCUAUAACUCGUCUUGAAUCAUUUGUUAAUUGGCCAAGGCCGGAUAUAGACAUUGGAAAGUUAACAGACGCUGGAUUUUUCUACGAAGGUAACGAAGAUAAAGUAGUUUGCUUCCAUUGUGACAGUGUACUUUUCAAUUGGCAGACAGAUGAUGAUCCAUUCGUUGAACAUGAAACUAAACCACAAAUACAAAACCAGAACUACCGAGUGGAUAUCGGCAGAUACAAGUGUAAAAUCUGUAGAGAAAAGGAAAUUGGUUGUAUUUUCCAUCCUUGUGAACAUACAGUGUCUUGUACGGACUGUGCAAUUGAUCUUGAUUCGUGUCCAAUUUGUAAAACUAGUAUUCGAAAAUACUACGUUUAUCACUAG